AUGGAUGGCUUUGCUUAUAGCUUGGGACUCUCCCUUGUCGUGAUUGGGGUUUUCAUAACGAUGACCGUGGCAUCUUACUACUGCACCCGCAGGCAUUCAGGCCAUGAACCUGAAGGUUCUACCAACGGCAACUCCAUUACAAGCACCGAAGAAGAAGACUCCGCCGUUGAUAUUGAGGUCGGCAUCGACGAAGCCGCUCUCCGGAGCAACCCGAUGUUCCUUUACUGCAAAGCCAAGCUCCACAAAGGUGAUGAUCAUCACUCAACUGCUUCCUGCUGCUACAUAUGCUUGGCAGAUUAUGGGGAUGCCGAUAUGCUUAGGCUGUUGCCGGAUUGUGGCCAUCUUUUCCAUGGGAAGUGUGUGGAUCCUUGGUUACGGCUGCAUCCUACUUGUCCCGUCUGCCGGAGCUCGCCAGCCCCAACUCCUCCAGCGAAGACUCCUCUCUCUAAUGAUCAGGUAGCUCCCAGCUUGGCAGUAGGACGAGAUAUUUGA